GCUUAGAGCACCCUCUCGGUGGCUGGCCCGGGCUCGCCCGCUCCGCCGGGGCGCUGACUCAGCCGCAGCCCGGCCGCUGCCCACUCAGCCCGGCCUGGGGCUCGCCGUCGCCCCGGCCCCACGCCAGGUGUCCCCAGCGCAGGAAAGCGCUGCAGCGAAGGAACCGCGGUAGUCCCGGGCUUGGCGCUGGCCGGGCCGCGGCUCCGCAAGCGCUCGGGAUGGGCCUGGCCGAAUAGGGAGCAUCCCAGGAGGAUCCCGGGACUUGCCACCGCGGCGCCUCCGGGGCUGAAGCGCAGGAUCUUCGGCGCUGCGAGGGCUUCGCGCGGGUCCCCGCAGCUGAGUGAGCCCGCUGGCCGCAGGCAGAGGAACUGUUAGCUGAAGUCGGGCGGAGAAGCGCCACAGCUGCGAGGAGAGCCGCGUGGACACCUGAGGCCCGGACUCUCCCCUCAGCGGCACUGCGCCCCGGGGCUUCUCUGUUGGCCGGGAGGAUCAGACCUACGUGGCAGGAAGGAUCCAGAAGACACUGAUAAUCAUCACCUGGGCUAUGUUGGCCAGGUUCUGGGGCUCCAUUCUGGUCCCAGACAAGAUGGAAGUCACAAGAAAAUCCCACUGAGGUCCCAUGCCUAUGAUGGAUGAGGUGUGUGAUAUCAAUUUGAGGCAGACUCUGUGCCUGGAAUUUCAGAGUCAGAGCUUGAGAGGCCAGACUCAGUCCUACUGUGAAACACAGGAGAAUGAAGCUCAGCACAUUUAUCCUCAUCUGAGAGUCAGUAAAUGACCAGUUGCUCCAGGGCCACUGCCAGCACAGUGAUUCUCUCUGAGUGAAAGGCCAUGCUGUUCUCACUGGCUCUGGGCUGUGAUGUCCUGCUGCUCCCCCUUCUUCCUGGAAUAGCCUGACCCAAGGUCCUUCUGAAGUGGUGACCACUCCAAAAGCAGGGGUGGAAAAUGGUACCAGUCAAGCCUGAGCCGCAGGAGGAGCCUACAGUAGCCGCCAGGAGAUGGAGGAGCCCACGCCUGAGCCUGUCUAUGUCGAUGUGGACAAGGGGCUGACCUUGGCCUGCUUUGUCUUCCUUUGUCUCUUCCUCAUAGUAAUGAUCAUUCGCUGUGCCAAGGUCAUCAUGGACCCAUACAGUGCCAUUCCCACAUCUACUUGGGAAGAGCAACACCUGGAUGACUGAGGCACAGAACAGCCACAUGGGGGCAAGACCCUGGUGCUCUCUGGACAGUGGUGCCCCAACAUGCCCCUCAGAGUGCCUGGCUAUCCACUUGCUGGCCCACAGAGGCAAGGAGUGGAUCUGGCCACCAGAGAUGGAGAAGGUUCACUUUAGUCUUGCCUACUUUCACAGGAGUGCCACAGGGAGAUGCUCCAGUAUUGAGGAUGCAGGAAACUACGGCCCCCGGAGAGGAGAGCACUGGUCUGGGACUCAGGAGGCUAGUUCCAUGCUCGGGUGCCACUAUAAGACUGUGGGGUGGUCACCUAGACACCCCCACCACACAAAAGUGGUCUGUACUUAAAAUGCAAAAUAGCACAUGGAGGCUCCCAGCAGAGAUGUCCCUCCAGAAACCAUGAUCCUUCCCAUGAACUAGUGAUGGAGCAGGCAGUGAAGGAUGAAAGGAGGCUCAGAGUGCCUCCCUGAAAAUUCACAAAAGGCACAGAGGCUGCUUCCAAGCAGUAUUUUUUUUUAAACUAAAAUAUAGAGGGAUAUAUUUUUCCUGUAAUAAAUGAAAUGUGCAUUUUAGAAACCCGGGAAAAUACAGAAAACUUGAAGGAAAAGGGAAAAAUAGCACAGUCCCACCUUCCAGAAGUCACCAUUUUGAUAUAUUUCUUCCACCCUUUUUUAACACAUUUUUUAAGUCAAAUUCAUACAGUAUGCAUGAUGCCGAGUUGCUCCAUGUGAGAGCACAAGACCUCCCAUUUCGUCACUGUUUGUCACUUGUUUCUAGUAACCAGAAAGCAUUCCCUCGGGGAGUUAUGUCAUGAUUUAAUAAUUAACUUCUUUGGUUGUUCAUUUAACUUUUCCACUAAUUUCUCCUCACACAAAAUUACUUCAUCCAGUCACCUUUUAAGGGGGAUAGCUGGGCUCCAGUCCUUCUUUAGCUGUUCAAAGUCUUGUAACCUUGAGCAAGUCACCUCACUUUUUGGUGCCUCCAUUUUCUUAUUUUAAGACAAGGAGGGAAGACUUUGUUUCUUUUCCUUUUUUCAUUUCUUAUUUACUUCAUAUGAAUGAAAGUAUAGGAGAGGGAGAUUUUUGCUUAUAAAUGUGCUAUAGAGGGAGGGGUGGUCAAGGAAUAAGUUUUUGACAAUGACUCUUCUGUGGGUCUCACAUGUUUUCUCUCAUAUGUGGAGAUAAAACAAAAACCAAAACAAAACAACCUGAAAGCAGAAGAGGUUCUUUUAGGGGAUAUGUAGAAGACUGGCAGAAGAAAGGGCAAAGGAGACUAGUAAGGAGGGCAGACAUUAUCAAUAUGAUCAAUAUACAAUAUAUGCACGUAUGGAAACAUAAUAGUGUUAAUUUGUACAAUUAAUAUGUGGUAAUAAUAAAACAGUCAACCUGAAAGUAACAAGGUGAUUAUUAGGGACUUGGAAGUGUGCUGUGGGGAAUAGGGAAGGAUCAAAGAAGACAGUCCAGAGACCGAUAUGAUCAAUGCACAACUGUCUGCAUGUAUGGAAUUGCCAAGUGAAUCCCAUUAAUGUGUACAAUUAAUAUGUGUCAAUAAAAGUUGACAUAAAAAAUUAAAAUCAACUGAAAAUUUAGGAGAAAUUAACUAACCAAAGAAAAGUCUGUGAAGCACUAGAAAGGGAUUGGAUCUUUGGUAAGUCUUAAGAAAAUACUUGACAAAAAGGAGAGUAUAGAUUUAUACUUGAGAGUCUGCCUUAGUCUGAACAAUGCUUGUGUCUGGUGCCCCUGAGACAAGCUAAAAACAGAUUUGGCACCUGGGAAAAAUGGGUAAAAACAACUCAACGUGACCAGUAUCUCCUGGCCUCUACUCCUUCCAGCCAAUAUUCUCAGUGUGUGAUUAUUGACCCAGAAGGCUCUGGUAUGGUACUUCCUCUGUCUCUGUCUCUGUUUCUUGCUCUGGCUUGAAGAUCACCUCAGGUUUGUUAAUGCAGCACUUUUUUUUUUAAAGAUUUAUUAAUCAGCUUUAUUGGUUCUUUUUAGUUAUAUAUGACAGUAGAGUGAAUUUUGGUAUAAAUACACAAGCAUGGAAUAUAUCUUAUUCUAAUUAGGAUCCCAGUUUUGUGGAUGUACACAAUGGUGAGAUUCACUGUGGUGUAUUCAUUAUGUACAUAGAAAAAUUAUGUCAGAAUCAUUACAUUGUCUUUUCUUUUCCUAUUACCACUCCCUUCCCUUCAUUCCCCUUUGUCUAAUCUACUGAACUUCUUAAUGGGAAAUUAUGUAGGACUUUACCAAACAGCUAACUCAUGUCUUCUGAAGUAUGACAUGUUUAACUUUAGGAACUGUUCAUUCAAGGGGCCAAAUUAAAUAUUUCCUUAAAAAAUUGUGACACACAUUCUUCAUGUACUGGGAAUCUUACACCUACAUAACACUGAACCUUAGAAAUUAUUCCUGUAUUUAUCAACAAAAAAGAAAGUGCUUGGGGAAUUUCACUUGCCCAAUGACAAUAGGUUGCUGUAGCUUUCCAGUACCACAUUCUGUACAGAGUCCUGUUAGCACCAUCUAGGUCCUUCCACUCCUUUAAGAUGAAGUUCAUAGCUACAUUCUCAGAUGAUACCAAUCCCUGAAAUGGCACUUUUUCCCUUAACUCAAAUCAUCAUCUCUGGGUCACAAGAACAUGACUCGUGGUAGCUUAUUCCAUGUUUGCAUAUCUUAUAUAAGAUAGAGCUUGAUUUGUGCUCUAUAUGAAGGGAGAAAGAAACAUCAUGGUAGUAAUAUCUUGCAUGAGUACAAAAACUAAAUUUGUGCAAAUACUAAAAAUUUUAGUACAAGUACUAAAAAUACUAUUAUAAACUUUCCAUUAUAGACUCAGAAUUGUUCUUGUUGCUUUGACAAAAAUUCCAAUUUCCUUAUGAUCUAGUGUGAAGACACAAAUACAUACAUGGAAAUAAUGUUACAUGAACUAAUUUAGACAAACGUUCAAUCAACUUAAGUCAGCAUGACAAAGAAGUACAAAGAGUAGCUUUUAAAAAUGUAGUCCCAGGGACUGGGUUUGUGGCUCAGUGAUGAAGCACUUGCCUAGCAUGUGUGAGGCACUGGGUUUGAUUUUCAGCAACACAUAUAAAUAAAUAAAAAUAAAAUUCUAUCAAAAACUAAAAUAAAAAAAUAAUGCAGUCCCAGCUGAGCAUGGUGUCACAUGCCUGUAAUCCCAGCAACUCAGAACAUUGAAGCAGGAGGAGUGCAAGUUCAAAGCCAGCCUCAGCAACUUAUUGAAGCUUUAAGAAAAUUUAAAUAAAUAAACAGAUAAAUAGGGCUGGGGGUGUGGCUCCGUGAUUAAAUGCCCUUGGAGUCAAUUCCCACUAUCAAAAAAAAAAAUGCAUCCCAAUUUUCUCUCCCUUUUUCCUUCCCCUGUUUUCUUUCUUCUAACUUGUUUUCCUCCUAUUUAUUUGUUGGUUUUUAAAUUGGUGCUUUAUAGAUACAUAUAAAGGUAGAAUUCUCUGAGGUUUAUUCAUGUAUAUACAUAGAAUGAUUUUGUCAAUUUCAUUCUGUAGUUCCUGUCCUUUCCUAUCCCUCUCCCCCAUCCCCUUCUUCUACUCCACUGAUCUCCCUUUCACUUUCAUGGGAUCUCCCUUUUAAAAAUUUUACUCUAGUUCCACAUUUGUGAACCCCAGUAUUAUGUAUAACUAUAAUGUACUAAUAAAAUAAUAAAAUAUUUUAAUUUAAAAGAUUAAAAACAUUUUAGGGUUAUGUAUAAUAUAAGAAUAUGAGUUGAAAAACUUGAUUCACACACCACAUGCACACAAAACUUUUUGUAUUAUCAAGUUGCACUUUACUGAAAAGCCAAAGAUAUUUCAAACUUCUCCAUGAAUUUGUUCUCAUGAACAAGAAGAUGCAAUAGCAACAUGAAAGCACAAAGAACUUAUGCCAGGUUAAUGGACCUAUAAAUAGUUCCAUACUAGGUGAGUGUUCCUUGGCUGUGAUGAGACAAGCAGUAAGCAUGUUUGAGGAACUUAUAAGCAAGCAAAUUCACUUUUAAAUAAUUACCUAAUUCUAACAAUAAAAACAUUCAUGUGCUCACUGUUAUUAAUGAAUUCUUUAGUUCCUGCCUUGGCAUCCUAUAUUUUUCUUAUGUAUCUAAAAGACUUGCUAGUGUCCACAUAAGGCUGGACACCUUCAUCCUAAAGCAGAGAGUGUAUAAUGAGAGGCCAAUAAAAAGUGAUGUUGUUGAUCAAGUUUACGUUCUCCUCAUAAAAGAAUGGAAAUGGGUGUCAGGGAGAGUCAAAGUAGAAGAAAACAGGGGACAGGUGAUCACCUCUCAGGCCACAGAAUAAUAAAAAUACAUAAUAGGAAACUCAUCCUAGGAAAGAAAACAAGAAAAGAAUAAGAGAAGAAAAGAAAAAAAAAAGUGAUGUUUUUAGUUAGCUUUUCAUUUCUGUGACCAAAAUGAAGAAAAACUAAGAGAAGAAAAAGUUGAUUUUGGCUCACAGUUUCAGAGGUCUCAAUCCACAGAUGACCACCCCCUAUUUCCCUGGACCCAAGAUAGAAGAAAAACAUCAUCACCAAAGGGUGCUGUGGAGGAAAGCUACACCCCUCAUGGUGGGGUCAGGAACAAUGGGAGGCCCAGGGAAGAUGAACCAUUUCAGGACACACCCAGGACCCAGCUCCUCCAGCCACACCCCACCUUCCCAAAGUUACCACCCGGUCAGUCCAUUUAAACUAGGAUGGAUUGAUUAGCAGUUUCAUAGGCUCAGGGUAUGUUUGUUUAUUCUGGGGGACACAAAUCAACCUCUUUUAGAUAUAAGAAUUUGAGUAACUUACUAAAACAAUACAGUUAGUAAUAGCAGAACAGAGAUGUGAAUCUAAGCAGUCGGACUCUAAAGCUCAUGUUCUUAGCCACCAAGAAAUGAAGGGAUGAGUCCAGGCAAGAUUUCUCUAGAUGUAUAGUGAAGGAUGAGUGGGAGAGGAAGUAGGUGACACAUAGGCCAACAAGGAAUUUAUUAUAAGGACACUGGAAAGACACUAAAGAACACCUGGACUAAUUAAUACAUUGACAAAAUUGAUGGAGAAAAGGGCAGGAAACCCUAUAACCCAUCUUUGUUAUUUGUUUCUCCCCAGCCUUCCAUUGUUAGAGCAGAUGAUAUUUAGGGGCUGUAUUAUGCCUUUUUUGAUUACUAUGAGGAAUAUGAGAUAAAGAGUUGUGACCUGUGCCUAGAGAACUAGCUAGGAGAUCUCUUACCUCUUUUCCUCUCCUUGUACACACACUUAAGU